UCUUUUUUACGAUAUAAAAAAUUUUAAAAUAAUCAGAACGUAUUUGAAAAAAAAUGUCAUCAUCUGAAGAAGUAUCGUGGAUCACUUGGUUUUGUGGUCUUCGUGGUAAUGAUUAUUUCUGUGAAGUUGAUGAAGAUUAUAUACAUGAUAAAUUUAAUUUGACCGGUUUAUCUGAAUCGGUACCACAUUAUCGUCAAGCAUUGGAUAUGAUUCUUGAUCUUGAACCAGAUGAAGACGAAGAUAAUCCUAAUCAAGCUGAUCUAGUUGAACAAGCUGCCGAAAUGCUAUAUGGAUUGAUUCAUGCACGUUUCAUUCUAACUAAUCGUGGUAUAGCACAAAUGAUUGAAAAAUAUCAAAAUGGUGAUUUUGGUUUUUGUCCACGGCAAUUUUGUGAAAAUCAACCAAUGUUACCGAUAGGUUUAUCUGAUAUACCAGGCGAAUUGAUGGUGAAACUUUAUUGUCCUAAAUGUAUGGAUAUUUAUAAUCCAAAAUCAUCAAGAUUUCAUCAUACAGAUGGUGCAUAUUUUGGUACUGGUUUUCCUCACAUGUUAUUCAUGGUACAUCCAGAAUUACGGCCAAAAGCACCAACUGGACAAUUUGUUCCACGUCUAUAUGGUUUCAAAAUACAUCCAAUGGCCUAUCAAUUACAGAAAGAAGCAGCUGAACGUAUAUCACCAAAAACAUAUUAUCGUAAUCAAAGUGGUGGUAAUAUUAAUUGAAAAAAAACAGUGAUCCAAUUAUGAAAUUGAUGAAAAAUCGAUGGCCCAAAAAAAAAAAUCUAAUAAUUAAUUGUCAUUUAAAAUCACAUAAACACACACACGUACACACAUACCUUCUUUGUAGUUAUUAUAGCCAUAUAUAGUGUGUUUAGUGUAGUGUUUUACAUACCAUCAAAUUCUAUCAAAAAAAAAAAAAAAAAGUAUUUUCUUCUGAACAAAUCAAAUCAAAUAUUUUCAAAUACCCAUAUACACACUUAUCUCAUAUAUAUCAUGAUUAAUUAAUUUAAUUAAUCUUGAUUCAUUUCACAACAACAAAACACAAAUUGACAAACAAAAAAGCAAACAAAACAAAUAAUACAUCCACGAGUUAUUUUUGCUCCCAUGAUCAUCAUCAUCAUCACCAUCACCACCAUCAUCAUCGUCUU